AUGAGGAAGAAAACCAUUGUACAAAAGCCUCCUAGAGAAAAGAUACACAAGCUUCCUGCAAAAUCGAGGCCUUCUACUCGUUCAAGAGAUCAAACCUUCACUCCCUCACCUUCUCCUCCUACCUCACCUCCUCGGACUAAUCCUAUGGGAUGCACUAAGAACCCAUCUAGGUUUCCACCUUCAGCCAAGCAGACACCACCGCCAAAGGAGCCUCCAUCCAAGCCUGGUUCAUCGCAACCGAGUUCAUCAAAAGGGAAAAGACCAGCUGCGACUGAACCUACCUUUGAGCCCACACAACCAAAGACAAGAAGUGAGAAAGACAAACCUCUUCCUUAUGGCAUAUUUCUAACUUGUAUUUUUGAGCAUUUUGGUGUUGACUUGUCCAAUGAGGAUUAUGAUAACAGACAUUCAUAUCUAAAAGGGGGUGGUUCAGUGAAACAGCAGAAAGGACCUACUCGUUCUGAGAGAGUGGUCUUAGAUGAUGAAGAUGAUGACUUUAUUCCCAAGGAAUCUCCUCCUCCUUCCACCGAGGGCACUUCCAUCUCCACUGGACAAAAAUCUGCUCUGCUGAAUGUUGUUAGGGAUGUGGUCCAAGAGUUUGUCUCCCAAUCCAAUCUCAUGAUUGCAAUGAAUGAAGAUCCUGCCACUGAUGCUGAAGAGGAAGCUGAUUCGGAGGGAAAUGGUUCAGAUGCCUAG